AUGGAUGAUGAAAGUGAGCAAUUGAAGCCAAAUUUUUAUGCAGUUGAACUGAAUAAAACCGUUUGGACGGUACCAAACUAUUAUCAAAAUCUGACACCGGUUGGUACGGGUGCAUAUGGUAUGGUUUGCGCAGCUGAAUGUCGGCAAACCGAGCAGAAGGUAGCCAUCAAGAAAUUUUCUCGGCCAUUCCAAAGUGCAAUCCAUGCGAAACGUACUCAUCGUGAGCUGAAGUUGCUACGUGCAAUGAAUCAUGAGAAUGUGAUCGAUAUGCUUGAUGUGUUCACACCUGAUCGGGAUGCCGCGUCAAUGCAAGAUGUAUACUUUGUCUCGAUGCUGAUGGGUGCGGAUCUGUCUAAUAUUCUGAAAAUUCAACGACUCAGUGAUGAUCACAUACAGUUUCUUGUCUACCAAAUUCUACGUGGAUUGAAGUAUAUACAUUCCGCUGGCCUGAUUCAUCGUGACUUGAAACCGUCAAAUAUUGCCGUCAAUGAAGAUUGUGAAUUAAAGAUCUUGGAUUUUGGUUUGGCACGGCAAACGGAUAACGAAAUGACCGGUUAUGUAGCAACUAGGUGGUAUCGGGCACCAGAAAUCAUGCUGAAUUGGAUGCAUUACACUCAAACAGUUGAUAUUUGGUCGGUGGGAUGUAUUAUGGCUGAACUGAUCACUGGGAAGACUUUGUUCCCUGGAGCGGAUCAUUUGGAUCAGUUGAUGCGUAUAAUGAAUGUCGUCGGCACUCCGAAGGAAGAAUUCUUGUUGAAAAUUAAGUCGGAUGAAGCGCGUAACUUUAUUCGUAAUUUGCCAAAAACACCACGUAAAGACUUCAAGAAACUCUUCCCAAAUGCCUCUCCAGCUGCAAUAGACCUGCUCGAGAAGACGUUAAAUCUCGAUCCGGAUCUUCGACCAACAGCAAGUCAGGCGAUGGAACAUCCAUAUUUGAGUCAAUACCACGAUCCGUCUGACGAGCCCGAUUCGCCACUACUCGAUAUCGAUUUUGAUGGGGAUUUUCCGAUUGAGCAGUGGAAGGAACUGAUAUGGAAGGAGAUCGAAGAGUUUUCUGAGGAGCGUGCUCGACGUUUAGCUGAAUCGAUGGGUCAACCGUCAAUAGCAACAGAAUGA